AAUCAAUUAUAGUGGCUGAGAUUUCUCCAUCUCCCACAGGUCUCAUUGAUCAAAAGGGCACAUAGAGAGUCUUUGUUUCUUCUUCUCCCUUCUUCUCCGACUAACCAGGAAGCAAAUUUUUUCAGAUAACUAUGGGAUCUUCAGCUACUCCAGGCUGAGCUUUGUUUCUUCUAUUCCCCGAUCUCUGCUAGCUCUUUACAAGUGUUGUCAUCCUCCAUUGAAUCUCUCACUGAGCUUGUAAGGAUUAGUGAUGGAGACUAAUUCGUCUGGAGAAGAUCUGGUUGUUAAGACGAGGAAGCCGUAUACGAUAACAAAGCAACGUGAAAGAUGGACUGAGGAAGAACAUAAUAGGUUCCUUGAUGCCUUGAGGCUUUACGGUAGAGCCUGGCAAAAGAUCGAAGAACAUGUAGCAACGAAAACUGCUGUCCAGAUUAGAAGCCAUGCUCAGAAAUUUUUCUCCAAGGUAGAGAAAGAGGCUGAGGCUAAAGGUGUACCAGUGGCUCAAACGCUAGACAUAGCUAUCCCUCCUCCACGCCCUAAACGAAAACCAAACAAUCCUUAUCCUAGAAAGACCGGAACCGGAAGUGGAUCUCUCCCCAUCUCAAAAACGUGUCUGAACGAUGGAAAACAGUCCAUUGCGUCAGGAAAAGUUUCUCUUCCUGAGACGACCAAUGAAGAUCUGCAGGAAGACAACUGCUCAGACUGUCUCACUCAUCAACACGUCUCUGCUGCAUCAAACGCAAGCACUUUUCUAGAGUUCUUACCUUCACGGGAACAGGAACAGGGGAAGAACAAGGAGUCAAACUCAGCCAAUUACAGUGAACCUCAGACUUAUCCAAGGCAUAUCCCUCUGCUAGUUCCAUUGGGGAGCUCCAUAACAACCUCUCUGUCACAUGCUCCUCCUUCAGAUCCAGACGAGAACAGUCAUCACCCCCACACAGUUUCAGGCCAUCAUCAGUCCUUUCCUGACCAUAUCAUGUCCACCCUUUUACAAACACCAGCUCUAUACACAGCUGCAUCUUUCGCCUCGACGUUUGGUGGCGGCCCACAAGGGAACUUGGCCGCCAUGGCUGCAGCCACCGUUGCAGCUGCAAGUGCUUGGUGGGCCGCCAAUGGAAUGCUACCUCUCUGCGCUCCUUUUAGCUCAGGUGGUUUGACCUGUCACCCUCCAGCUACUGCUUAUGGACCUUCCGGUGAAGUAGACCACACAAAAACAGUGGAUCAAGAACACUCUGAGGCGUCAAAGGCUAGAUCUUCGUUGGAAUCAGAGGAGGCUAAAAAUGGGAGUAAACCAGAUUGUCAUCAUCAUCCUUGUGCAGCGACCGAGACUGAUGCAAAGGGAUCAGAUGGAGCGAGGGACAGAAAGCAAGUUGACAGGUCUUCUUGUGGCUCGAACACUCCUUCGAGUAGUGAUGAUGUUGAGGCUGAUGCUUUGGUGGAGAGGCAAGAGAACGGUGGUACCACCAAUGAGGAAGUGAAAGAAGUGGAUGGGGACAAUACUAACAAUCCACAAACGUCAGAGUCUAAUGCACGACGCAGUAGAAUCAGUAGCUCUAACUUAGCUGAUCCAUGGAAGGCUGUUUCAGAUGAGGGACGAAUUGCUUUUAGAGCUCUGUUUGCAAGAGAAGUGUUGCCACAAAGUUUUACAUAUCAGAGAGAGGAGGGUCAACAACAACAACAAAGAUAUCCAAUGGAGCUUGAUCUUAACUCAGCAGCUGAUGAUCAAGAAGAGAACAGAAACAUAGCGUUUUUGGGUGCUUCAAAGCAGCAGCUAUUAAGUAGAGGAAGGACAGGUUUCAAGCCUUACAAAAGAUGUUCAAUGGAAGCUAAAGAAAGUAGAGUCAUCAACAGCACCAAUCCUAUCAUCAGUGUUGAACAGAAAGAUCCUAAGCGGAUUAGGUUGGAAACACAAACUUCAACAUGAAAAAAAAGUUGUAACUCUAUUAUUAUAUCUGUUGUUUCUCUAUUUUCAUUCAAGUUUCAAAGAUCACUGAUACAUUUUCUUCUGUUUUUGAAGGCCUGUGUAUUUUGUCCAUAGUCUUCUUGUAACGUUUGACUCUGUAUUAUCAAACAAAUCAUAAUCUGUUUAA